GGGUGUGUUAAGGGGAGGAGUUAAGAGAAACGUCAAGCCGUGGCGUGACUUAUAUUCUUUAACGAAAGACAUCCAUUCAUUCACAGUAGUUUAAUCGCUGCUGUUCACAUCGUGUUUCUCCUUUCUAGUGUGCGGAAACUUUCAAAAAUGCCUCCUGCUGAAACAGGAAUUCUUCCUAACCCAGAUGAAAAUCCUCCUGAAAACCCUGAAGAAGCUGAUCAAAGGAAGGAUGAGCAACAAGCCCUUGUCGAAAGUCCGAACAACACCAAUGACAAUACAUCGAAGGAUGAGCAACAAGCCCUUGUCGAAAGUCCGAACAACACCAAUGACAAUACAUCGAAGGAUGACCCACCAGCCCAGGUCGAUAAGGAAAAAUCAUCUAGAUGUCAGAAAAUUGUCGAAACAAAGUAUUAUCAAUACGGAUCCUUUUUCUGUAUCAUCAUACUUGUUGUAGCGGUUGUUGUUGUUCUUAGUAUUAAGCUGACCCAGAGGAAAUAUCCUCCUUCACUUCCACCACCUCCUCCACACUAUGUGGCACCGACUUCACCACUGCUUGUGGCUAUAACUUCAACACUGCCUGCAACACUACCACCUGCGACACCACUGCCUGCGACACCACCUCCUCCAUCCUUUCACCAUUCCUACUUUCCCCUAAAAACAAGGGGUUACACUGAGUUAGAUAAAUUACUCAUUUGCAGUGGAUGAAAGAUGAGAACAGCAAGAAGGCGACAUAGAAUUGAUCGAUGGACCUAUAUUACUAUACCACAAGAUGGAGUUUUAUGACA